GAAAGUGAGUGCUCUGUGUUCUAGUUUUGAACCGAAGCCAAACAACCAAGCACGCACACAGAGCCCCAGUCCUCCAGGCUGCUGAGGUAAUGAGUACCGCGGGGCCAGGUUGAACCCAUGUGUGUUCUCCUCCAGCUCUCCUCAGCUGACCUAGCGAGAUCAGCUCCACCACAACCCCAUCACAGAGAGACCUACACCCAGUGGACAGUUAAAACAGCUUAUCUGUCUGAACACAGUGUAAUAAUACAAAACGUAAUAUAUUAUAAGAAAACACACAAGGGAACAUAAGUCAUAUUUUUAUUUUUUAUUUUAAUAUUCAUUUAUUUUAUUUGUACAGUGAAUUGAAUCAUCUCAUCUCUGAUUUUAGAAUCGUAUAGAUAUGAUUGGUGACUUAGCAGCAAUUCCCUUGUAUUUCCAUACUGGAUAGCAACCCAACUGCAGGUGGCAGUCACUGCCUCUCACAUGCCUAGCCUCCCCUCGCAUGGAAGGGGGAGCUAGUGGAGGAGGAGGGAGAGAGAGAGAGAGGGAGAGAGAAGGAAAGAGAGAGGACAGGAAAAGCUUGGGACUCGUGGUGAAAAUGAGCAGAGGCUUUGCGUCCGUCAUGUUUCUGCAGUCCAUUCAUGCCAUUCCGUGUUCAGAGAGUAUGUUUUUCUCUUUUUUUUUCUCUCCUUCUCUCUCUCUCUCUUCUGGAUGGACUGUUCCUGCCGUUUGCGUCCGUAGACAGUUGUGAGGGGUUCCAGUGCAUCUGUCCCCAGAUGUUCUAGCCUGCGUAGCUGUACUGGGAGCCAAGCUUAAGCUGUUUGCGGGGAAGAGACAUCAACAUGCCUCCUUGACUGCCAGAACACCCUCUCAUCCGGCCCUGCAGCUGGAGCCUGGACAGAAAAAAAGAAGGGAGGAAAACAGGGUUUGUCCAAAUACCCCUACUUCAGCAUAUCCAAUCAGUGAAGAUGUAGUCUGGUUGGUUGCCGUGGAGAUGUCUCUUAGCAGGACCUCCCCUUGGCUCCGCCCACCUGUUUUGUUGCAGUGCCUGCUGGGAACGCUGUGGACUCUGCUCCUCCCCUUCCCUGUCACCCCGACGACAGACCCCGCCCCUGCCCCGCCCUCCAACAGCACCCUGCUCUUCGACACCGGCGCCCCCGGCAACAGCCUGCGCAACUGCAGCUGCUCAACCGCCAUCCAAGACUGCAGCGAGGCUCUGGCCAACCUGCAGUGCGACUGCCACACCGUCCAGCGCUCGGCACUGUCCCCCGGAGGCCUGAGGGUGCCGGGGGGCUUGGCCGUGUGGGUGCGCCAGCCCUGGGUCCUCCAGGAGCUGCUGAACGGGAGCGAGGUGUCUGACCUGCGCCUGUCCUCCUGCGGCCUCGGGCCUCUACUCACACAGCACCUGGCUGUGUACGGCCUCCGGAGGCUGAGGGUCCACAGCUCUGCCCAGGGGGCGCCACACCCCGACCAGGGGCUGAGCAUUGCCUCCGGGGCCGGGGUAGACGUCAGGGUCGGGGGGUCCCUCUCCUCGGCUGAUCCCCCGCCCCCCUCCUCCGUGCUCCAGGUGUCCAUUCUGGAUUUGGCGGUGCUGAACGGGCUCUCAGCCCUGAAGGCGUACAGCGUGGCUGGACCCACCCUGUCCAGCCUCUCCCAGCACCUCCCUUUCCUGUCCCUGCCUUCACCCCCAUCCACCCCAAACGACCCCCUACCCUCGAACCCACAUCAGAAAUGGGUCCUCACCUUCAUUUAUUAAAGCGUCUGGAACUAUCGUUUUGUUCGACAUCUGCGGAAAAUCAACGAUCUGGAAGACACUGUUGUCUGUGGAACCAUGUUGCAAGGUGAGCUUUGCAACCGUGACGAUUGAAAAUCUACUGUAUCCAUGCCAACAAUGUAAAGAGACAGAGACAAGGACUACUUUGGUUCGCAUCUCUUAGAACCGACUAAAUGUUCCUGGGACAUCUUUUUGAAUUUGAUCAAAUGCCGACAAAAUGGUAUUCCAUCUGGUCUUUUCUUUCCGCACUUAUCGAGUGCAGAUGGUCUAUUAAACAUGUUGUUAUGAAACAGGUUCGGACGGCUGUGUUACGAAUGGGAUUGUGCUCAGAGAAUCUUUUUGGAUCUGGCAGCAGAUUCCUCUUCUCUUGGAUCAAGUCCGAUUCAAAUGUUCUUCACUUGAUACGGAAUGUUGUGCCCCCUACUUUAAGCUGGACUUGGUAGGACACUUAUGUGAGACUAAGAAGAUCUAUGUGGAUCUCAACUGGUUCGAUCUGGAAACUUGUAAUCAUGUCGGGGUGUUAAAUAUAAUGUCAAUGUGGUUUUGAUGUUCUAGAUCAUAUUUUUUUGGAAGUUGGAUUUGUAUGGAUAUGGGAGAAUUGACAGGGAUAUUCUGCUUAUACUCUUUAACAGUCCACUCUGUUUUUCUUUGUACAAUUGGAAGAAUGUUCUAAAACUACUGUAGCUAAGCACUUAAAUCAGAUGACAGAAGAGUUGGGAUAAGUACUGACUAGCAUGCAGAGGUGUUGGGAGCACAGAGAGAAGCUUUCACUGAUCUCCUCACAGGCUCUCUGGGUUCUGUCUGCUCUGUAUUUCCAGCUCCUAUCCUGAGAGAGAAUAGACAUCAUUAAUCUGAAACUGCUCUCACAAACAAGGACUGCAGCCAACACUUCUGUUCUGCAGAUCCUUCAAAAAAGGAGCUGCGUAUAUAUGUGCGUGCUUUCACAAGUUUGUGUAUGCGUUUAGUGUAUACUGAAUAUGCACGGUGUCAGUAUUAUUUGUGUGUGUGUGCGUGUAUGUACAUAUUUGUCCAUGUAAAUCUGUGUCUGUUUGUCCGUGGGAAUGCAUGGAUAACAAUGUCCGUUCAUGUGUGCGUGCACAAUAUUUACAAUUGCUUUGGUAUCGUAAAUGCUUCUGCUUAUUACUUCUCUGUGGCGGCAUUGACUGCUAUUUUCUGGCACUGUCGACACUUUUCGCAUAUGCCAUCGUAACCAUGUGUCCACUGAUGACCGUGGAUGUUGGAAUCUUUGAUACAGUCUAAAGCUCUGCCUGCCUUGUUUGGUUUGGCCAAAAGUUGGCAUUAUUCAACUCCAUCUUGGUAACAGACUAUAGUGCUUAUAAGCACACACUAUUGACAACAACGUAGCAAAGUAUAAACAUUUUACUUUUACAACAGCAACAAAAUAAAAGAUACCUCACCAUGUACCAGCUGAUACUCUCCAUCCAGAACAUUCCACCAAGACCAAAUCAUUGGGGAGGAGAGUUUCACACGCUCUAAUGUUAGCCAUUACGGUUUUGGAGAGUGAGACCUUUUAAAUUCAAACAACGGUUUUCAUGUCCACCUCUCACCUGAUUUUGGAAAUAUUCACCUGGGGUUUAUUUUAAGCCUGUUUGCUGUCUAUGUAGUUGUAUAAAUUAUUUAGAUCUUUUGAUGUGUUUGAUGAGUGACUCGUCCGCUAUGUGAUCACGACAAAAGCAGCCUAUAUUUGAAAAGGUUUGGUACGUUUGAUUUGUAUAUAAUUUGGUUUGUGCAGACAGAUCAUUAUAGCCUGAAUAAAGGAACUUGUGCGUCAAACUUACUGUGUGGAUUAUGGCUUCUCCACAUAGGCCUACUUGGUGUACUUUACAGAUCAGUAGAGUUAUGUAUCAAUAAAAAUUCGCAAAUUA